GUUCAGCUGUCUAAAGACGAGGCCAAACUUCAUGCGUCGAUGGCUACUCAGGUGGAGCUUGUCGAAAAGGGCUGGCUCACGGGGCCAUACUCGUGGGAUGGCCUUCAGGAGCGUUUCCCUGAUGGUUGGCUUCCGGUGCGCCGUUUUGGAUUGGCCCAGAAAGAUAAAACACGGUCAAUUGAUGAUCUGGCCGAAAACUCGGUCAACCGGGCUUAUGCGGUCUCGGAUAAGAUUUCCUUGCGUGCUCUUGACGAGUUGGUCUGGACGGCUCUCACCUUGUUUAAGAUUUUCUUGUCCAAGGGCGAAGUGGCUAUCCCGUUGUCAGACGGUCGCUUGCUUCGGUUUCCAGUUCACUCCUUUUGGAGGUGUCUAAGUGUUGUCACGGUUAAAGACCCGGUUUCGGGCGCGGUUCUCGGCUAUGAGAGCCGGCUGUUGCAAAGGGUUCUAAUUGAGUUGCAGGUUAUGGCCAGCAACUACUUUGAUGAUUACCCUGACAAGGACCAGCCCUUCAAGGCCGAGGCAGAGCUCCUUGGUGUAAAG